AGCACGUUAUUCAAAAUAAAUAUCUUAGUAAUCAUAAAUUUACAAAUUGAGAUAAAUACUCAAAACUAUAUUGCCACUAUGACGUCACUGGUACCUGUAAAAAGCUCAAAAUCGGAAUUAUUAGCCAUAUAUAGAUUAGAAUUCUACAAAAAGAAGAAAAACUGGAAACUCUGUACCGAAGAGAAAGAAAAAAGAAAGCGAGUUGUUGCUAUUGAGUCAGCAAAGAUUUUAAACCAGACAUAUGAGUUGGAGUGUGGUGGAAAUAAAGAUAUAUCCUCAUCAGACAGACAUGCUGUACUGGAGACAAUCACAUCAAAUGAUACACUACCCUCCAAUGUUCCAAAUCAACAUAUAUCUACCAUAGAUUCUGAUAUUGGUACAUACACCUAUACAGUAGACAUGAAAGCCAGUAAGUUUGACCAGGUUCGGACAGAAAUUGAGAAGAAUAGAAAGAUGAGGAAUUGGUCAAAAUCUGAGAAAUUGACAGCAUGGAGUGAAAUCGACUGUAAAGAUACUAAUGAAGAUGAGAUGAGAAGAGAUGGUGAUUGGGUGGAAACAAUUUGGGCUGAGGAAUGUAAUGGAGCAGAAGUGAAAGAACUUGUUGGAGUAGAAGAUCAUGUUUGGUCCGAAAAUGAGGAAUUGUGGACAGAAUAUGGUACACAGUCGUGUCCACGCGAGGUCCCCCACGAGGAACAGUUCCUGCAAGACGAUCGCUGUCGGCCCUGCAGUGAUCAACCACUUCCGUUUCCUAGCCAUGACGCCUGGCCUGUGGAAGAGGAGUUACGCGAGGCGAUGGAGACCUUACUGGAAGCAGAGUCAAGUGUGGCGCAGGUCGACCUCCAACACAUUCUGCACUAUGACGGCUGCCAUCUAGUGGACGACUAUGUAGAGUUCCUCAGCGGAGCACACGCAGCGCCCCACUCCUCAGAGACUGAUCUCAGGUUCGAUGCAGUAAGGGAUCCCCCGGCAGGUGCGUGGCAUUUGACCGGCGACCAGCUGCGGCACCGCGUGGCUUCACUGGCGGCCGUCCUCAGAGAACUGCUGCAGCAGCUGAAAGACCGGGACCUGGAGCACCAGUUGCUACCUUCGGACUUGAAGCAACCCUGUAACAUGACGGCAGAUGAAUGUCCCACGCGUGAUGUCGGGCCUUCAGAACCUACAUACACCACCCACAAGUCUCCAAAACGUGAGUUGACUUACUCCAUGCAAGACGAUUUCCUAGCCGGAUCGUUCUUGCAAGCUCCCGAAGGCUUUCUAGAAGAUUCCAACAGAUUUCUCCAGAAUAGAGAAGAUUUACCAGCAUUACAAUUGCCCGAAGAAUAUGUUGGAUGUAGACAGGAGGCAGAUAUGAAAUCUGCAAAGUUUUACAAUACAGUGUCAUAUGGAGGCGAGGGUAGGUUCUUGCAGGUUGGGAAUGAUAUGAGCGAGUUGGAGGGUACUGGUCGUGGAAGAGGCAGGAUGCACACUCCAACAAUUGGCAUUAGGAACGGGCGGCCUUAUAGACUGAAUAAUGGAUUCUAGAAACCCAAGCGUUACUUGUGCUGUGACAACCUAUUGAAGGUCCAAUGCCACUACCAGUAUUACAAUAGCCUACUUUUGUUACACAGACCUGCCUGAUUAGCAUAAAAAAAUCCAGACUAACUAAUUUAAGAUACACCUUUCAUUUAUCACGUGGAAAGGCUCCAAAAGGCCGUCCCCCUACUGGAGGGGUGACGAAGCGGAGUGUGGGAUUCUCAUCCAAUUUAAGACCUCCCGGUGUACCUACGACAUUUCCCCUCCGAUCGAUCCCCGUUCAAUUCAAACGGGGAUCGAAGUUACGACGGCCUGAGCCGAGGUUCGAACCACUAACGGUGCCCUCAGACUGGGGUCUUAUCCGU